AUGGUAUCAGCACACAGCAAACGAAACACCUCCCGUCCGGUCUUUACAUCCCACGAACGCGCCCUCGCUAAAUCCCACUGGGCGUCUUCAUCCGCCCGUCUACACCGCGACUCAUUUCUUCCCUUUGGCUCCUGCGGCCUGUGCCUCAACAUUGCCCGCGAUCCUGUCUCGUGUCGCCGCGGCGAUAUAUUCUGCCGCGAAUGCGCGCUCUCAAACAUCUUGACACAGAAGAAGGACAUCAAGCGCGCCCAAAAGGCCCGAACUGCUGCUGAGGAGGAGGCCGCUAAGCAGAAGGCGCACAAAGAUGAACAGGAUCACGAGCGCGCCAUCCAGGACUUUGAAUUGACACAGGCUGGUCUCGACCGUAAGAAGAAACUAAGCGCAAUUAGAACGGACGAAGAAAAGGUGGAUGCGACAACUGGUGAAUCAGACUCUCUGGCAUUGGUGCCAGCGACAAAGCGCAAGUUCGAGCUUGACAAAGACGAGCUGGAUCGCAUUGCGCGCGAGGACAAGGUCAAGGCAAGAAAAGCACUGGAAGAUGAAAAGGCCGCGAAACCGCAUCUCCCAUCCUUCUGGACCCCAUCGCUUACACCAGACGCCCAAUCAAGCAAACUCCCACCCGUUGUCAAGAAGGACAAGGCCGUCCCAUCGUGUCCAGCGUCUUCACCAGAAAACCCCCAUCCUAUCACAUUGCAAAAUCUCGUUACAAUCAACUUCAACGAAGAGGAAACACCAAAAGGCAAGCAAAGAACUUGCCCUUCAUGCUUAAAAAUGCUCACAAACGCCUCCAACCCCAUGAUGACCAAACAAUGCGGCCAUGUUUUGUGUCACAGCUGCGUCAAACAAUUCAUGAUUCCGUCCAAAAAGUCCUCAUCAGAGGAUGCCCCACCGACCUGCUACGUUUGCGACGUGCCUUUGCCUUCCAAGUCACAAAAACAAGAUGGUGCCACAGACUCCUUGUUGCCUGGCCUGAUCGCUCUUCAAUCCGAAGGCACAGGCUUUUCUGCUCGCGGUGGUAAUACCGUAGAACGAUCGAGCGUUGCUUUCCAAUGUUAG